AUGCCUCGACUAUCGCAAUUUCUUUGCCCAACCGUGCUGGCCUUGAGCUUCCUACUCACGGGAGCUCAAGCUCAAGAUGGAAGAAAGAUUAUCGGCUAUCGAACAGUCAACAAAGAGGAGGCUGAGUAUAUCAAUGAAAACCACAAGCCUUCCACAGAUGAUGACUUCGAUGAUGAGGAAGGGCCUCGCCAAUUAGGAGAAGUCGGCUAUUUUUACACGACAAACACCCCUCCUGGAUGGCAAGGCGACGAAGACGAUUGGUACUGCGUCGUCAAAGCGAACAGUGAGAAGAUCGACGCGGCCGAAAAAGUAUGGGUUCCGGAAUACUACGCCUGGGGUGCGGGCUCGAGCGCGGAUCCCAAUAAGAUGUACCUCUGGAGCGGAGACGAAGGUCUCCUCACGGAAUACAUCACCUCUCUGGCAAAGCCAGGCGGCACGGAGUCACCAGACCCCGCGACGGCCCUGCGCUUCUCGUACAUCGCCUUCUGGGACAAGCAGCAGCUGCAGAUGGUCAUCCCAGAUGCACUGCUCAAGGACGAUGAGUUGGAUUUGUGGGCCGAGUGCUACGAGACGGAGGCGAAGCUGGAGGAGCAGGCGACCGAGACGGUUGAUUGGAACAGUUGGCGUAUUCUGGGCGGCCCGGGACAAGAAUCUGAAGUAUGGCCUUACGUGCAGCCGGACAACGAAGAAGACUGGCCUUACAAGGGGCCGGGCACCGAUAAAGGGGAGGCGUAG